GCUGGGGUGAGUCGGUGAGGCCGGCCGGUCCACCUGGGGACACAUGGAGCCUGCCUUACCCUCCCCAGUGGGUGCAGCAAGCCCAUGCUACAGGAAGUCCCACCAGCCUCCUUGAUGACCCCAUAGCUACAGGUCCGCAGAGCUGGCUGGCACUGGGCUCCCAGCAUAGACGACCCACAUCCUCCCAAGACUUCUUUCCAGCUUCCUAAUCCCCCAUCCCAUCGCUGAGGCCCGGGUCCCCCUUUUCCCUCUGAGCUGCUAGGAACUCCUUAGGUCUGUCCUGGCAGCCUUCACCCCAGGCUUCCCUGCAACUCACCACUCGGGGUCCCCACUCCAGAGAUGGAAGUGCUAGGGGUUCUUUGAGGGCCCCAGGGCCAGAGUCAGCCUCGACCAGACUGGGAAAGGACUCCGGGAAAACUGAACAGGAAGUUCCCUGCUCUAGUCCCAUCCAGGUAAUGAGGGGGCUUCCUCGAGUUAACCCUUAACCUCCCAGUUUGGGAGUGGGGUGGGGGAGAGGGCGGGGCCAGAGAAAUGAGGGCAAAGUGGCUAAGCCAGACUCCAGCCUGGGACCGAGAAUGAGAGUCUAACUACCCCUCCAGGUAAGAACUGCUCCCCUCCUAAUCAGGACUGUUCCUGUUCUCCUUGUGGGGAGGGGGUCUGUCAGCCGUACUUUCUGGGGAGACCGGAGCUGCCAUUUUAAAAGGCCUAUUGUGCGCUGGGCUCUUUGCUAGCAUUUCAUUCAUGCGACAGAUCUCUGCCAAGGGCCUGCUAUGUGCCAGGCACAGUUGCAGGUGCUGAGGUGAACAGGAGCAGGCCCCGACCUCAGACGGCUUACACGCAGGUGUGCUGGAGCUGUCCCGGGGUAAGAAAACAACAUGACCACGUGACGGGGGAAGAAAGCGCGCCAUCAACACCACCUAAGAUCUUCCCAAGAAUCUUGCCUGGUGGCUUUUGUCCCAGCUUUCCCAAAGAGGAAGCAGGGACUUCCGGGAGGGGAUGUGACCUCCCCACUGGCCUUGAGCCCUACUCUACCUCUAAAGUCAAGCCUUUCCCUUUGCUCUGAGGUGUCUUUUUGGGUCGUGCCCUUGGCUGGCCGCAGCCCGUAGGGCGCUUUCCUCGGGAGAAACUGCGGUUCAGAGCCCGCGGGCACUCUCGUGGCACCACCUGUUCCGGGCACCCGGGACACCUGCUCGGUGGCCGGAGGCUCGGCAUUGGCCGCCUCUCGGCCUAGGCCCGUUGAUCGGUCGGGGCCAGACCCUGCGCUCGCUCUGGCUCUUCUGCCGCGUCCUUGUCUCCCUGUACGUGGUACCUGGGCUUAUCUUGUUCCUUUAUUUUCAUUGUCUAGUGUGGGCCUCCCUGGACCGCAAGCUCCCUGUGGACAGCGGUGUUUCCCUUGUCUGCGCCGCAUCCUCCACACCUAGCCCAGAGCUGACAUGUGUCAAGACGGACGGAACGGCUUAGGAGCCGGCCCGCGAGGCCCACCGCCCUCAGAGCUGAGACCCCAGCAUUUUCCUGUGGUGCUUGCAGUGAAGGACUGCAGGGUGUGGAGGGCGCAGCCGUCACUGAGGACCAGCCCUGGGACAGACACGGGGGGAUGUUGAGAACAUGAGGUGGCGCCUUUUUCUAGUUCUUAUUAUUCUGAUCGGUUUUGUGGGACCGGAGUCAAUUCUCAGGCCAAUGUCUGAAGGUAGAUCAUGAUUUAUUAACUGAAGGUGACCUCUUCUUAAGCUCAGUGAAGCCGCCAGAUGCGGGAAUGUUUGCUCGGUCUGAAGCCCAGAUAAGCGCCUCCAUCCGUGAUAGUUAUCCUUGUGACAGGCUCCUGAGGCUCCUGGCCAGAAGCUGGAGGGGGUUGGCCAACAAGAGGGAGAAACGACUCAGCUGUGCUUUCUACCUCUGACUCAGAAAUGUCUGCAGACGGUGGAGGCACCCGGGUUGCCCAGGACAAGGAGCGAGCCCGAGAGGUUCCAGGUCAUGAGCAUCCUUGUCAAGAAAUGCUUUCUGAGUCGGAGGAGAUGGUGCCUUUGGGAGCUGCUCAGGAGUCACCCCACAUCAAGACGGAGCCGGAAGAGCCACACCCUGAGGGGGCAUCGCAGGGGGAUGGGGCUCCAGGAACGCCAGGCUGGGUGUCCCUAAGCCAGGGCUCGAAGGAGAAAGCUCUUUUCCUGCCUGGUGGAGCCCUCCCCUCCCCCCAGAUCCCCGGGCUUGCUCGCGAAGGGAGGACCAGAGACCGGCAGAUGGCUGCGGCACUGCUUACAGCCUGGUCCCAGAUGCCAGUGACCUUUGAGGAUGUGGCUCUAUACCUCUCCCGGGAGGAGUGGGGGCGGCUGGACCACGCGCAGCAGAGCUUCUAUAGGGACGUCCUGCAGAAGAGGAACGGGCUGUCCUUGGGAUUUCCCUUCAGCAGACCUUUCUGGGCCUCCCAAGGACAGGGCAAGGGUGAGGCCUCGAGCUCGUGCCGACAGAUGGGAGAUGAGGAGGAGAAGCCAGGAGCCACUGAGAUGGGAAAGGAGGAGCCAGCCCCAUCCCUGGCAUCCCUGGCAGCCCUUGGGGAUGUGAAGCCUUUCAGAAGCAGGGUGGGGAGAGCCCAGGGAGACAUCCUGCAGUGCGGGCAGCAAGCAGGCAGCGGCCAGAGCUCGGGGCCAGCCAAAGACGAUGGGCAGCCAGGUCCCCUGGAGGAGAGGCGGGCGAAACCGACCCCGCCCGACACCAGCCUCGAGAAGGCCCAGGAGGGCCACCUUCCAGAGAAACCCAGAGAGGGGCGAACGGGCAGCCCCGAGCGCAGCGAGGAGGGCCUGGCCCCCGACGGUGACGCCAGCAAGAAGACCUACAAGUGCGAGCAGUGCGGCAAGGGCUUCAGCUGGCACUCCCACCUGGUGACCCACCGGCGCACCCACACGGGCGAGAAGCCCUACACCUGCACGGACUGCGGCAAGCGCUUUGGCCGCAGUUCGCACCUCAUCCAGCACCAGAUCAUCCACACGGGCGAGAAGCCCUACACCUGCCCCUCCUGCUGGAAGAGCUUCAGCCACCACUCGACGCUGAUCCAGCACCAGCGCAUCCACACGGGUGAGAAGCCCUACGUGUGUGACCGCUGUGCCAAGCGCUUCACCCGCCGCUCGGACCUGGUCACCCACCAGGGCACCCACACGGGCGCCAAGCCCCACAAGUGCCCCAUCUGCGGCAAGUGCUUCACGCAGAGCUCGGCCCUGGUCACCCACCAGCGCACCCACACUGGGGUCAAGCCCUACCCGUGCCCCGAGUGCGGCAAGUGCUUCAGCCAGCGCUCCAACCUCAUCGCGCACAACCGCACGCACACGGGCGAGAAGCCCUACCACUGCCUCGACUGUGGCAAGAGCUUCAGUCAUAGCUCACACCUCACCGCCCACCAGCGCACCCACCGUGGCGUCCGGCCCUACUCCUGCCCCCUCUGUGGCAAGAGCUUCAGCCGGCGCUCCAACCUGCACCGGCACGAGAAGAUCCACACGACGGGGCCCAAGGCACUGGCCAUGCUGAUGCUGGGGGCGGCGGGGGCGCUGGCGGCACCCCCGCCUGCUCCCACUUAGGAGGCAUCAGGGCAGCGUGAGAAGGGGUGUGGGAAGGGAGCGGGAGGUGCUGGCAUGGGGUGGGGCGUGGCAACACAGGAACUAGGGCGAGGCGCGGGCACGCUAGCUGCAAAUUAAAGGCCUUGGAAUUCCAGCCA